GGAACAAAAGGAGCCACAAAGCCCAAUUGCUUUCUCGCUUUUCGCCUCUGUCUGUCUCCCUGUGGCUUUUCCUUCUCCAAAAUGGCACAGAUGGCUCUCUCUGCGUCACCGACACUCACUCUCUUCAAUAGGGUUUCAGGUAGAUCAAAACAAUGGGGGAUGCUAUUUCCUGGUUCUUCAAGAAAACUUGCAAUCAAUAUGUCAAUACUUAUGAACUUCCGGAGCAAAGGAUUCAGUUUUGUUGCUUCAGGUGCAACACAGUGGAAUGGAGGUGUUGCAGAACUAGUGGAAGGCGAAGCAGCAUCACGGCCUUAUACAUGGCCAGAUAAGAAGAAGCCCAGAGUGUGCAUACUAGGUGGCGGCUUUGGAGGUUUAUAUACGGCCUUAAGGCUAGAAUCCCUUGUAUGGCCAGAGGACAAGAAACCUCAGGUGCUUCUUGUUGACCAGUCUGAACGUUUUGUUUUUAAGCCAAUGUUGUAUGAACUUCUAACUGGAGAAGUAGAUGCAUGGGAAAUAGCUCCGCGUUUCUCAGAUUUGCUGGCAAACACUGGUGUGCAGUUUUUCCAAGACAGGGUCAAAGUAUUGCAUCCCUCUGACCAUUUGAGAAUGAACGGGCCAACAGUAUCUAGCUGUGGAGGAACUGUCCACCUUGAAAGUGGUCUGGUUAUUGAAUAUGACUGGUUGGUUCUUGCUUUGGGAGCUGAAGCCAAACUGGAUGUUGUCCCAGGAGCUGCAGAAUUUGCAUUGCCAUUCUCCACCCUGGAGGAUGCAUGUAGGGUUGACAAUAGGUUAAGAACUUUAGAGCGGAAGAGGUUUGGUAGAGACUUUCCGAUCCGAGUGGCUGUUGUAGGCUGUGGUUACUCUGGAGUUGAGUUAGCUGCCACAGUAUCAGAGAGGCUGCAAGAUAAAGGAAUAGUGCAAGCUAUUAAUGUAGAGACCACAAUCUGCCCAACUGCCCCACCUGGCAAUAGGGAAGCUGCCUUAAAGGUGCUCUCAUCCCGAAAUGUUGAACUUCUACUGGGUUACUUUGUCCGCUGUAUAAGAAAAGCUAGCAUUUCUGAAGUUUCAGAGAAGCAAACAGAGAGUGGCACACUUCUGGAUGCUGCAGCUGAGCAUGAGCCUGAAAAACUUAUUUUGGAACUUCAACCAGCUGAAAGGGGCUUACAAAGUCAAAUUCUGGAAGCAGAUUUAAUAUUAUGGACAGUUGGUUCUAAACCUCAACUUCCUCAACUGGAACCCUGUGAAUGGCCCCAUGAGCUUCCCCUUAAUGCCAGGGGACAAGCUGAAACAGAUGAAACUCUUCGUGUUAAGGGCCAUCCACGCAUAUUUGCAGUUGGUGAUUCUUCUUCUUUGAGGGAUUCCAAAGGAAAGCUUCUUCCAGCAACUGCACAGGUUGCUUUUCAGCAAGCAGACUUUGCUGGUUGGAAUCUGUGGGCAGCAAUCAAUGACCGUCCUUUACUGCCAUUUAGUUUUUCAGGAACCAAACAAGCCUAAAGAGACCACAAGCAGUGAGAGAUAUCACUUAUGACACUAGAGCAAGAGUGGAUCCAAAUUGCAGUUACCAUAGAUAACCUGUAAGCCAUCUCUUGGUAACAAACCACCAGGGAGCAUCAACUCUACAAAGAUAUAGAUAAUGGUUGCCAUCUUAAUGGUGGGGAGGAGAAUCAUUCUCCUGUGUCAUCUGAGGAACGAAACAUUCGAUCUUCUUGGAUAAUGGAGUUAAACCCACCCAAAACUGAAAAACUUACGAAAGAAAAAAGUUUGAUGCAAUUAUGUGUAGCAGUUCUGUUAGAACUGCCAUAUUUUUCUUUUUUGUUGAUAAACUACAACUGAAAGCCAAAGGAGAUGGAGGAAUGAUCUGCCAUGGAACUUCUGCACAAUUUUCUUCAGAUUACCAAGGAAAUCUUCUUCCAAACCUAAGGUUGUAUUAGGAGUAUGACCUAAGUUUUCUAGGUGAUGAGCUGUUUGUUUAGAUUACGUACAGAUUCUGGAGAUAUAAAUAUUUAUUCCUAUCUAAUGCAUUAGGUUCCUGCUCUUCUGCUUUACUGUUUACUUCCCUGGGCAUUUGUCCUCCCUUAAUGCAUUGGAUUUUGUCUUUGGAAUUCCUUUCCAUUUGCUAUUACCUUUAGGACUUUUCCCCUAAUCAUUCCUAAUUAUUGAUCCCAUGCUUUGGACCUGGUAUUCCUGUUGGAUCUGUUAAAGUUUGGAAUUUUGCCCAUAGCCCAUCCAUCCAGAGAAGAGUAACAUCCAUUGUUAUAACUCCAGCUUCUCAUGAACAAAUUUAUUGUAAUCAUGAUCAACACACUCAUCUUUUAUUUAUUAUUUUUAGAACAGUUGAAAUAGUUUCUUUUUCAUUGUAAAUUAACUAUAAGCACAUAAAUAUAUAUUCAUACAUAUAUGUGGGGUCGUUGAAAAUUGAUCCUGUGGAAUUAUAAUUAUAUUAUGUGCUCAACAGAAUAUAUUACUGAGACUGCAUAACGUGGGGGCACUUCAAGGGGGAAAGAGCUAUGGGGAUGCCAAAUGGUUGUGUUUUGAUUACAUGUUUCAUGGCUUUGUGGAAAACCAUAAAGCAGUCAAGGCAGUCACUAAAUUUCCCCAUGGCUCUUUACUAGACCUCCUGUUCCCAUGUGGUCAAAAUUAAAUUUGCUAAUGUUUUAUGAAAUGCAUUUACGAGAGUAACAUCCAAAAAAAACAAUGUUGGUAGAUGAGCUGGUGACUUUCUU